AUAAGAAUUAGUGAAAUAGCUUUUACGAAGAUGGCGCCGAAAGCUAAGAAGGAAGCCCCUGCCCCUCCCAAAGCCGAAGCCAAAGCAAAGGCUUUGAAAGCCAAGAAAGCGGUGCUGAAAGGCGUCCACAGUCACAAAAAAAAGAAGAUCCGCACAUCACCUACGUUCCGACGACCCAAGACUCUGCGUCUCCGAAGGCAGCCCAAAUACCCUCGAAAGAGCGCCCCCAGGAGAAACAAGCUUGACCACUAUGCCAUCAUCAAGUUCCCCCUGACUACUGAGUCAGCCAUGAAGAAAACAGAAGACAACAACACACUUGUGUUCAUUGUGGAUGUCAAGGCCAACAAGCACCAAAUCAAACAGGUUGUGAAGAAGCUCUAUGACAUUGAUGUAGCCAAGGUCAACACCUUAAGCAGGCCUGAUGGAGAGAAGAAGGCAUAUGUUCAGCUGGCCCCUGACUAUGAUGCUUUGGAUGUUGCCAACAAAAUUGGGAUCAUCUAAACUCAGUCCAGCUGGCUAAAUCUACAGUUUUUUCAUGAUAAAAAAAAAAAAGAAUUCGUGAAAUAGCUAUGCUUACCUCAGACAAAAUAUACCUUAAGGCAAAAAUUGUUAUUAGAGAUGAAGAACAUUUUACAAUAAUAGAAGUGUCAAUUCAUCAAGAAGACAUAACAAUUAUAUAUAAUACCAAAUUCAGUGGUUAAAUAGACAAUUCAGUAAAUAAGAAUUGGAAAUUGCAUUAUUCCACUUACAGUAAUGGAUAGAACAAUUAAGCAGAAGGUUGAAAGGGAAACAGAAGCCUAAGCAACACCAUACUCCAAACACCAAACUAAACAUAGACACACACAGAUCACUCUACCCAACAACAGCAGAAUAUACCUUCUUCUCAAGUGCACAUAGGACAUUCUCCAAGAUAGAUUACUGAUUAAGCCAUAAAACAAGUCUCAUAAAUUUAAAACAAAUAAAAUCAGAUACAUUUCACAAUGGAAUACAAUUAGUAAUCAAUAAAAGUUGGGAAAUCUGAGGAAAUUAACCCCACCCUUAAAUAACCAAAAGGGCAGAAAGAAAUCACAACAGAAAAAUUGGAAAAUAUUUUUGAGGUAAAUAAAAAUCUUAGUAUACCAAAGCUUAUGGGAUACAGCUAAAACAGAGCAUAGAGAGGGGCCUCUGGGUGACUCAGUUGGCUGUGAGCUCCACUCAGGCUCUGCUCUCACCAGGGAGUCUGCUUAAGAUUCUCUCCCCUCCCCCAUGCAGACUCUCCCCUUGCUUGCACAAAUAAAUAAAUCUAAAAGGCACAAAGAGAAAUUUAUAGCUAUCAACACCUACAUUAAAAAAGAAGAAAGACUGCAAAUCAGUAACCCAACUUUCCACCUUAGAAAGAAGUCAAAUCUUAAGCCAGUAGGAGGAAAUAACAGAAUUUAAAGUAGAAGUAAAUGAAAUAGAGAAAAGAGAAGUAAUAAGCCAAACUGACAAAACCAAAAGUUGGUUUUUGAAAAUAUCAACAAAAUUGAGAAAUCUUAAGCCAGACUGACCAAGAAAAAAAUAGACUCAAUGUAUUAAAAUCAUGAGUGAAAAUGGAGACAUUAGUAACAAGUUUACAGAAAUUAAAAUGUAUCACAAGAGAAUACAAUAAACAGUUGUAUACCAACAAACUGGAAAACCUAGGUGAAAUACACAAAUUCCUAGAAAAACACAAACAGAUGAAACUGACUCCAAGAAGAAACUCUGAAUAGAGCUAUAUAGCAAGCAAAGAGAUUGAAUUAGUCAUUUAAAAAUUUCUGACAAAGUAAAGCCUAGGUCUGGAUGGCUUCAUUAGUGACUUCUGCCAAGUGCUUAAUGAAGAUUUUAAUACCAGCCCUUUAUAAGAAAUGUAAGAACAGUGAACACUUACUUCCCAACCCAUUCUGUGAGGCCAGUAUUACCCUACUAGUAAAAUCAGACAAAGACAUCACAAAAAAUGAAAAUUAUAAAGCAAUAUUCCUUAUAAAUACAGAGACAAAAAUGCUCACAAAAUACUAGCAGUGUAGUAACCAAAUCCAGCAACAUGUAACAGGAAUUAUACACCAUGACCAAGUGCAGUUUGUGACAAGUGUGAGAGUUCAGUUUAUCAUAUGAAAAUCAGUCAAUGUACGUACCAUAUUAAUGGGAUUAGUAUAAAAAUCAUAUGAUCAUAUUAUUGGGUAGAGAAAAAGUAUUUGACCAAGUGAAACAUCCCACGUGAUUCAGAACACUUAACAAGCUAUUAGGAGGGAACUUCCUCAACCUAAUAAAAGGCAUCCAUGAAAAACAUCAUUUUCAAUAGCAAAAGCCAAAAGAAUUCCCCCUAAAGUCAAGAACAAGACAGGAUAUCUCUUCAUGCCACUUCUAUUCAACAUUGUGCUAGAGGUUUUAGCCAGGACAAUUUGGCAAGGUAAAGUAAUAAAAGUCAUCCAGAUUGGAAAGGAAGAAGCAAAGCUAUCUCUGUUUGCAGAUGACAUCAUCUUGUAUGUAGAAAACCCUAAGGAAUACACACACGUACAAACAACUAGCCUUCAUAACUGAGUUCAGCAGUCGGAGUGUAAAACAGUGAAGCCACUCUCUGGAAAACAAUUUGGCAUUCCCUUAAAACAUUAAGGCUAAUUCCAUUCCUAAGUACGUACUCGAGAGUUGCAAACUUACGUUCACACCAAAACUGGUACACUAAUUUCACAACGGUGUUAUUAUAAAUAAUAGCAAAAAGGUAGAAACAACCCAAAUGCCCAUCAACUGAGAAAUGGAUACAUAAAAUGUGAUAUGAUAUGUCCAUGCAAUGAAAUAUUACUCAGCCAUAGAAAGAAAUGAGAUAUUAGUACUUGCUACACCACCGAUGAACCUUGAAAAUAUUAUGCUAAAUCAAAGAAACCAGGUACAAAGGCUGUAUGUUACAUGAUUUCAUUUAUAGGAAAUGUCUAGGUUAGGGAACUCUGCAGUGACAGUGGUUUCCAGGGGCCAGGGAAGAAGAUGGGAAAUGACUGCUAAUGGGUAUGGGCUUGCUUUCUGGAGUGAUAAAACUGUUCUGAAAUUUCAUAGCCAUCAUUAAAAACAUCCCUUUGAAGUUACUGUCUUUGUGACCUUAAACAAUAACAAUAAACAUAAAUAUGAC